AUGCGGGAAAUAUCGGCGGAAAAUGAUCAGUCGCCUCAAUAUUUUUUACCCCACCACGCGGUGUUACGCCCCGAAAGUUCGACGACGAAGCUUCGUACUGUUUUCGACGCGUCAUGCAAAUCGCAAUCCGGACUGUCGCUCAACGAUGUGUUAUUGACCGGACCCACAAUACAACAAUCGCUCAUCGCUCUAGUAAUGCGAUUCCGCAUGCAUGCGUACGUGGUAACCGCCGAUAUCGCCAAAAUGUACCGCCAAAUAAUGGUACAUCCUACCGAUCAGCCACUACAGCGGAUUUAUUGGCGAGAUGAUAAAAACACAACGCUCAAAAUAUUCCAGUUACAGACGGUUACUUAUGGCACCAAUUUUUACAUGGACGAUCUUCUUACUGGCUGCGAAGAUCUCAACAAGCUGAAAGAAACAUGCUCGCAACUCGUUUCCAUGUUAGACUCGGCUGGAUUUCAGCUACGUAAAUUUUCGUCAAACUCCCAGGAUGUCCUCAACAUGAUCCCAGAGCAUCUGAGGGAGUCAAAAACCAUUCUCGAGUUUGAAUCUGGUUCCUCAAUCAAAACCUUGGGAUUGCUGUGGGAACCAGCAUCAGACUUUAUCAGUUAUAAUGUUCCUGAUUGGUCACCUAUUGAAAGAUAUACAAAACGAAUUAUGUUGUCGCGGAUGUCGAGUCUAUUUGACUCACUUGGAUUGUUGGGUCCUCUCGUUGUGACUGCAAAAAUCACAAUGCAGCUCGUAUGGAAGGAACAAAUUCCAUGGGACAGUACCUUGCCCCCUGUCAUUCGUCAAAUGUGGGAAGAAUAUCAAGUACAAGUAGCCCAAAUCAGAAACAUACGCAUUCCACGAUUUGUAUUGUCCCUCUGCAAAAAUAGUGCAUUGCAGAUGCACGGAUUCUGCGAUGCUUCCAUGCAGGCCUACGGAGCAUGCAUAUACGUACGAUCUAUUGCUCCUGACGAAUAUUGUACUGUUCGCCUGAUCGCCACCAAAUCUCGUGUCGCUCCCCUAGAAGUGAAGUCGAUCGCUCGACUAGAGCUGUGCGCAGCUCUUUUGCUUUCGCAACUAACCAAUACCGUUUUGGAUAGCAUUGGUCGCGUCUAA